CGUAACUAUAGCAUAUUUUAAUAAUUUUUUUUUUCGGGAAGCGUGUGAACCCCUAUUGAACUUCUAGUGCGGCUGAACUUAGGUUAAAGAGAGGUUCAUUAUUUCUCCGCCCGAAUAGUAGUAGUACGUCAGGAUUCGUAGCUCAGAGGAAGAAAGAAAGAAAGAUGAGUGGAAGUGGAGAUAAAGUUGUUGGAACCACAAAGACACCUGCUGAUUUCCUCAAAUCCAUCCGUGGGAGACCCGUUGUUGUCAAACUCAACUCUGGUGUUGAUUAUCGAGGCAUUCUUGCUUGUCUUGAUGGGUAUAUGAACAUAGCAAUGGAGCAGACAGAGGAGUAUGUCAACGGCCAGCUCAAGAACAAAUACGGUGAUGCCUUUAUCCGUGGAAACAAUGUUCUUUACAUCAGUACAGUGAAGGGACCCUUGGCGGACGGAGCUUAGACACUGCUUGAUGCAUCAUCAUUCUUCCAAAGAGACUACUUGAUGCAUGUAUCGCAAAUGUUUGGUUUUUUUUCUUAAAUGAUUUUGUGAUAAGCAUGGUAAUAGCAGCCGUCAUUUAUUUGCCAGGUUGAUGAUGGAUGAUCCAGGAUUAAAAAUUACCAAACAAAUUACUCGA